GGGAUGGUAGGGUACGCUCCCUGCCCCGGUCACGCACCGAGAGCCAGUUUGAGACGAGCGGUCCCCGCGCGCCGGCCAUGUAGUGCCGUCUGCGGUCCACCCUCCCGAAUGGCGCAUUGGAUUCGCAAUGGUGACGUGUGAGGAGCACCUGCUGAGGCGCGAGCAGCUGCUAAGGCGCGAGCACUUGCUGAGGCGCGAGCUGGACAUGGAGCGCCUGGCCCUCCUCUCCGAGUCGUGGGAGGAGGAGGGGAGGAGUUGUUGGUUCGGGACUCUGAGUAUCGAGAAAAAGGACCGAGAUGCGCCCGCCAAUUAUGAGACGGCCAUCAUCGCGUGCGGGUUCGGCAAGUUCCACUACCUGCUCAUGGCUGCCCUCAUCCCCUUCUGCUGCUCCCAGCUGUUCAGCUCCGGCUCCACUGCCUUCGUGCUGCCCGUGGCGGGCUGCGACCUGGAGCUGGAGGACUACCAAAAGGGGACCCUCAACGGAGCCACCUACCUAGGCAAUAUCGUUUCUGGUCUGCUGUGGGGUGGGAUGGCGGACAUGUUCGGUCGUAAGAUGAUCUUGGCGAUGUGCUUCCUCGUGGACUUCAUCGUGAGCUUGGCGUGUGCCUUCGCCAACUCUUACUGGCAGAUGCUCGUACUCAAGAUCCUCGCCGGCGUCGUUAUCGCGGGGCCCAACUCCGUGCUGUACGCGUACCUGGCCGAGACGCACGACGACAAGCACCGCAGCAUGGCCAUCAUGAUGACGGGCAUGUGCUUCGCGGUGGCGCAGAUCGUGCAGCCGGUGCUCGCGUUCGCGCUGCUGCCGCUCGACCUGCGGGUGCCGAUGAUCGAGGGCGCCAUGGACCUGACCUCGUGGCGCCUGUUCCUGCUCGUGUGCGCCCUGCCCUCGCUCUGGGCCGGGCUGUGGUGCCUGCGCCUGCCCGAAUCCCCCAAGUUCCUCAUGAGCCAGGGCAAGCAGGAGGAGGCGCUGCGGAUCUUCCGUGGCAUCUACGCCACCAACACGGGCCAGGACCCCGACACGUACCCGAUCAAGUCCCUGGACAUCUGCGUCCCCAGCAAGCACGUGCAGUUAGACGGCUCGGAGGAGGGUGGCCUGCGGCGCGCCUGGCGGCAGUUCUCACCGCUCUUCCACAAACCAUACCUCUCUAGGAUAGCCACCGUGGUCUGCAUCCAAGUCAGCCUCAUGAUAUGCAUCAACUCGCUCCGCCUGUGGACGCCGCAGCUGUUCGCCUACAUGGAGCAGUACGAGACGGGCGUCUGGGAGGACAAGCCGGCGGCCAGCACGGCGUGCCAGAUGAUCUCGGCCUCGAUCGACCACCAGGGCAGCCAGUCCGACCUGGAGGCGGCCGCGGCCAGCGCCGCCGGCCUCAACGCGACGGCCGCCUGCGUCGACAUCCCCGUCAGCGCGGACGUCUACCUGCGGUCCGUGGUGAUCGGCGUGGUCGGCACCAGCUCGUUCCUCGUCAGCGGCUGGGCCUCCAAGCUGUGGGGCAACAGGCCGCUGCUGCUGUGGAGCUUCCCGCUGGCGCUGGUCGCGGCCCUCGGCCUGCUCUGGGCGCCCGACUCGGACAUCUUCACCGUCCUGCUGUCCGCCUUCACGCCCUUCACCGCCAUCGGGCUGACGGCGCUGUCGGCCACGGGCGUGGACCUGUUCCCCACCUCGCUCCGCAGCGUGGCCGUGAGCAUGCAGCUCAUCUCGGGCCGCAUGGGGUCGCUCUGCGGCAACAUCAUCCUCCCCCUGGUCCUCAAACUGUCCUGCGAGGCCGUGUUCAUCCUCGUCACUGUCGGCCUGGCAA